AGAGUACGCGCCAGACCUUCUCGGAAGCAGCGCGGCCACUGCCUAUUCCAACUCGCUACCGCCUGGUGACGUAAGGCAGGUCUGGAGAGAGAAAGAGAGAGAGCGCGAGGAGGAGCGGUAGUAGCUGCAGCUUAGAGUGCAGCGGGAAGUACGUGAGCAGAGCUGGGAAAGAGCGCCGAGAUAAAACACACGCAACAUGCAGCCAGCAUCUGCAAAGUGGUACGACCGAAGAGACUAUGUCUUUAUUGAUUUUUGUGUGGAGGACAGUAAAGAUGUAAAAACAGACUUUGAUAAAAAUAAAUUUACAUUCAGUUGUCUUGGAGGAGCAGAUAAUGUAAAAUAUUUAAAUGAAGUUGAACUUUUUCAUUCUAUUGAUCCCAAUGAGUCCAAGUAUAAAAGAACAGACAGAUCUGUUUUAUGUUGUUUACGAAAAGGAGAGUCUGGACAAUCGUGGCCGCGAAUGACAAAAGAAAAGGCAAAGCUUAAUUGGCUUAGUGUGGACUUCAAUAACUGGAAAGACUGGGAAGAUGACUCUGAUGAAGAUAUGUCAAAUUUUGACCGCUUUUCUGAGAUGAUGAACAAUAUGGGAGGAGAUGAGGAUGUAGACUUACCAGAAGUAGAUGGUGCAGAUGAUGACUCGCCAGACAGUGAUGAUGAAAAAAUGCCUGACCUUGAAUAAGAAAUCUCCUCUUGCAGUUUGGGAAAGGGAUGGGAAAAUAGGUGGAAAGCAAAAUAUUUCAACACACUGCAACAGUUGCUGAUAUCUGAGUUGUAAAUACAGUUACUGAGUACUUCCAGCCAGCCUUGUUUCUUUAUCACCACCAAAUGGCUUUCAUUGAGGGUCAGAGAUUACAGUUGUACAGUGCAUCAUUCAGACUAUUGAGCCUCUUCUAGAUGUACUUUUUUUUGAUUACCUGUAUUUAUGCAAAACUUCACAGCUAUCUUCAUUGCAUAUAGACACUAUCAAUGCACUUAAACUUUUUUUUCUGGGGGGGGGUAUGGUGAGGGUUUUCGUCUUAUCUGAAACAGCUUACAUCUUACAUGUGUAUCUCUUCUGACAGCACAUAAAAAUACUUUUCCCAAGUAACUGUACACAUAUCUUAGCAACUGUAAUCGAACCCAUGUCAAUUUCUUCAUUGUGGAUCAUUAAUGCAGCCAAAUGGCUGGCACGCAGAUUAAACAUUGAGUGAAAAAAAAUGUGAACAAGUAGCAAGGCAAAUGUUAGAAGAGAUGGGUGUGCAAUUUGAUUAUGGAAUGGUGAUUCUGAAGUAAUGCAGCUGAUCGGUUUACAUCAGUGUAUAAUUGCAAAUGUCAGAUCAAAUGUCAGAAAUAAAGAAAUAUACAACUGCAAUCUACAGCUUUUCUUUUUCUCCUAACUGGUUUAGUUUUAUGUAGUGUUCACCCAAUCUUGUGACUCUUGGGAGUUUAUAUUAGAUGCAGCACAGAACUUAAUUUUCCUUUGUGUCUUCUGUUAAUACUGUGACUCAUGCUGAUUUUAUUUUCCUUCAUUUUCAUAUGUGCUUAUGUAUUUUUAAUGCUUUGAUAUACAAUUUGUCUCCAGGUUCUAUACAUUUAUUAUCCUAACCUAGUUCUAAUACCUAUUUUGAGGAUAUCCCUAUGCAACAACUUGUCAAGUAAAUUCAACGUAUGUGCUUUUAGAAGGACUGGCUGGAUUAUUAAGAUUAGGGUUGGUGGACACCAAGGAUGACUGUAAGAACUUCAGCCCCUAAAACAUGCCUGUACAAUUGUUUUCCUUUCACUCUUUUGCAUCUCUGCCUUUGGAGGAGUGCAGCCAGCUGUACAUUAUUUCUCAUCAGUCUGUACAUUUAGACCAAAUUGUAUUUGCACUGUCACAGUAUAUAUUAAAAAAAGAAUAACAAUGUUAA